AUGGCGGAUCCCGGUUUACCGGCCCCCAAUCCAACCACAUCCUUUUGGCAAUCCUCCUCCCGUCCACACGUGGAAACUACGCGGUCAGAGCCCCUACCAGAAACGAGAGACGUGGUCAUCAUUGGUUCUGGCAUCACAGGAUGCAGUGUUGCACAAUGGUUACUAAAAGAAGACGAUGACAUCUCAAUCACGGUUUUGGAUGCUCGAGGCAUCUGUUCUGGAGCCACCGGGCGGAAUGGUGGACACAUAAGAUGUGUUGCUGUGCAAGAUUACGAUCGUCUCUCGCGAAAGUACGGCCAUGAUGCAGCAGUCAAGAUGGUGCGUUUCUCGCUCUCCCACUUCGAAAGUAUAGCUUCCACAGCUCGGGAGUUCGGGAAUCGUAUAUUUGAGGACUCUGAGAUUAGAGAGGUGCAAACCGUCUCCGCAAUAUUGAGCCAGACAAAGAUGACUGAAAUGACUACCAUGCUUGAGCAAUUUGAUAAAGCAUUCCCUGAUCUAAAAGGCCAAUGGAGGAUUUGCGGGCCAGAAGAGGCCACCAAAAAGUAUGGCCUCAUUGGCGCAGCUGGCGCACUCAUUGGCCACGCAGGGGCAGCUUGGCCAUAUCGGCUCAUCCUGGGAAUAUUCAGCUCCCUCCUCGAAAAACAUCAUGAGCGUUUCUCGGUCGAACCAUCUACGCCAGCCAUAUCAAUAACGAGGGUCCAAUCCAAUGAGUACCCUUACCUUGUCAACACACCUAGAGGCUGCAUCAAGGCAAAGCACGUUGUUCACUGCACUGAAGGUCAUGUAGGCCAUUUGCUUCCUCGACUUCGAGGUCUCGUCUUUCCACGACGAGGCCAGAUGACAGUACAGGCUCCCGGGCCGGAAUAUCCUGCUCUGGACGGCCGGAGAUCUUGGAGCUUCUACUUUGAGAACGGCUUCGACUACCUAAGCCAGAAUUCACGGACGGGCGACGUAUUUCUUGGUGGGGGCGACAUCGGAGAAGAUGCAUAUCUCUCCCAGCUAGGUGAAUCGUCGGAUGAGAAGGAAAACGUGGUAGCAAAGGCUCACCUGGUGGGCAUUUUGCCAUCCAUUCUCAAAAGAGCCCCCUCUUCAGCAGAACAUAACCCUCGGGGGCUUGAAGUAAAAUCUUCAUGGACGGGCAUAAUGUGUACACCACUUGACGGUCUUCCACUGGUUGGAAAGCUCCCGCAAGCAGCACUUGAUCGCCCUAGUGGUAGCCAUAAUGCAGCUGAGUGGAUUAGCGCUGGGUACAACGGGUACGGCAUGGUUAACGCCUGGCUCUGUGGUAGAGCAACAGCACAAAUGAUCUUGAAGAAGGAUGUUAGUUCAUGGCUACCAGAGCAGUAUCUCAUCACGACGGAAAGGAUGGAACAUUUAAACACCCGCUGGACAUCGAUUGUACAAUCUUCUCAAGGUCUUCGGGCCUUGUUGUAG